AACACACUUACUCUACAUAUAUAUAGAGAAAUAGUCUAUCUCGCAGAGCUGAGAGUUUUUAGAUUUUCGGUUAUUUCAGUUCGGUUUAAUCUUUUCAGAUUCAAUCUGUGAGCUUCGUUCAAGGUUCACGUACACACGGAUCAUUCCAUCGGCUGGGAUCUCGUUGAGUUUAAUUCAAUUUUAACGAAAAAUGGUGUGUUUAGUUUCUCGCACGGGAAGGCAUUUGCAGAAAUACAGCAUGGGCCGCCGCCUAGUUGUUGGAUGUAUUCCAUAUCGAUAUAAAAUUGGGAAAGACGGCAAUACGGUUAUCGACGAUGAUGAUCAUGAACUGGAAGUACUUGUGGUCAGUUCACAGAAGGGCCAAAAAAUGAUGUUCCCAAAGGGGGGUUGGGAACUUGAUGAAUCAGUAGAAGAAGCAGCCUGUCGGGAAUCACUUGAAGAAGCCGGGGUUCUUGGCAAUGUCGAAAAUGAACUAGGGACAUGGUGUUACAAAAGCAAAAGCAGUGAAAUAUACCAUGAGGGCUACAUGUUCCCUUUACUUGUCACCGAACAACUCGAACUCUGGCCAGAAAAAAACUUGCGCCAAAGAGUAUGGAUGAGUGUGGAUGAAGCUAGAGAAGCUUGUGAGCAUUCUUUAUGGAUGAGGGAAGCCCUAGACAUAUUGGUUGAAAGGCUAAGUUCGUCCUCAAGCAAAAAGGAGAGGACAUGUCACCCAUUGUAAUAUAUUAACUGAAACUGGAUCUCUUUGUGCAUUUUCCAAAUUUUGUACCACUAUACAGUAGUAUUAGUAUAUAUAUAUAGUAGGAGGUAUUCAGCCAGAGAUAUGUAACACAGCUGAUUAAAGAGGGACUGAUUGACAUACCAAAGCCUGGUAAAUUAAUCACUGUAUUUUAGUGAUAUUCUUUGAUUUGUUGAUCGGUAAAGUACAUGUGCAUUCUUUUUUUUCCUUUCAA